AUGUUUCUUGCCGGGGGGCUCUCUGCCUGUCGAGCGAGGACGGGAAAUCGUCCCGAUCAUCAAUCGGAUCAGACUCGCUCACGGCCAACACUUCAAAACUGUCGUACGUUUUUUUUUUUUCCAUCCCCUGAAGCCCGAGAGACCAACACACGCCCCAAGUGCUUGUCGAAGGACUGGCAUUGUCCAGACCACGUGUCCUUCGCGAACAUUCACCCUGGACACAAGCCGUUUGACGUGAUCACGCUCACAUACAACUCAAAAAACGAGCUCUGCAAAACGGACGAAUCCGGAACCUGUCCGGACGCCGUGGACUGCCGCGCGGAGCUCGCCUGGAACGAAACGCGCCAGCUGCAACAGACCCUGUGGCCCGCGCACUGCAUCAUCAAUGAUCCAGAAUCAGAACUGGACGAUUCUCUGCUGACAAAAGAAGACGACCACUUCGUCUUGAAGGGGUCCCGCUGCUCCGUAGAUUCCUACUCCGCCUUCUUCGACAACGCCCGCUUCGAAUCCACCGGACUGCACGACCACUUGCGCGGGCGGGGCAUCACGCGAGUCUUCGUAGCGGGCCUCGCACUCGACUACUGCGUAAAAUACACGGCGCUAGACGCAAAGAGCCUGGGCUACGACGUGUAUGUCGUGGUCGACGCCACGCGCGGCACCAGCCCGUCUUCAGCAGAGCGCGCGAUCGAGGAACUGAAGAACAGCGGUGUCCGCCUGAUCAACAGCUCGGAAAUCGAAAAGUGUUUCAAAAAAAAAAAAAACGGCUCAGUUGUCGCUGUCACCUUACUUUUGGUCGCCGCUGCUCUGCUCGUCAGGCGCGCGAAAAAACGCACUCAAUAA